AUGGUAGCUAACACUCUUCGGAACAUCAUCGUCGUCGGAGGCUCGUUCGUCGGUCGCGGAACAGCCCAGGAGCUCGCGAAAAUAAUCCCUCCAACCCACAGAGUCCUCCUAACCGAACCCCAUAGCCAUUUUCAUCAUCUUUUCACAUUUCCCCGAUUCGCCAUUGUCCCCGGACAAGAGCACAAGGCCUUCAUUCCUUACAGCGAAAUCUUUUCUGGCGCACCCAACCCCGCCGCACAUGGCGUUGUUCAGGCUCGCGUCCUGUCAGUGAAUUCGCAACAUAUCGAGCUCGACCGAGAAUGGCAAGGAACCAAACAGAUUCCUUUUGAUUAUGUUGUCUUGGCGACUGGCACUCGGCUCUCCAAGCCUGCAGCAAUGGAUAGCGAUGAAAAGUUGCCCUCGGUCGAGUACCUACAGAAACACCAGGCCGAUGUCAAGAGAUCAAAGUCAAUAUUGAUCGUUGGCGGUGGUGCUGUUGGAGUUCAAAUGGCCACCGAUUUGAAAGAGUACUACCCAGAGAAGGAUGUCACUGUGGUACAAUCACGCCCGCGCGUGAUGCCAAAUUUCCACCCAAAGCUCCACGAGCUUGUUAAGCAACGAUUUGAUGAGCUCGGCGUUCGAUUGGUUACUGGGUCCCGGUUAACAAAUGGGACGACAGAAUCAACUGAGCUUGUGAUCCUGGCGACCGGACAAACACCGAAUAAUCAGAUGGUCACUGGCUUGACACCCUCGACGCCCGAUGGUUCAUCCGUGAUCAACCCUGACAACGGAUUCCUUCGAAUUCGGCCAACGAUGCAGCUCCUGGAUGAAAAAUAUUCGAAUAUAUUUGCUGUUGGUGACAUUGCCGACACAGGCGCACAAAAAGCCGCCAGACCGGGCUCGGCACAAGCUGCAGUGGUUGCAAAGAACAUCCUGUCUUUAAUUGAGGGCAAAAAUGCGGAAGAUACCUUCGUUAAAGGCCCCGGGGCGAUUCAUCUUACUUUGGGAAUGAAAUAUAACGUCAUUUUCCGCAACCCCAAUACCGCGGAGGGCGCGACAGAACCUUGGAUCAACGAGAAGCAAGAUGGCCAAGAAGAUAUGAAUGUGGAAGCCAUGUGGGGACGGCUGGGUAUUACAGUCGAUAAUGCUCGCCAGUAUCACCUUUAA